GUCAAGCUGUGAUUGGUUGCCAUCAGCAGUAGCGCCUUAGAGACUAGUGUUGCUUCCUGUAACUGUGCGCCGGCAACGAGAGAGCAGAGGCACAAAGAUGGAGAUAAUUGGCGCCGUCCACCUUGUUUUUAGGACCCUGCUGUUUCUGCUGCUGUGGUCAAAAUGUGAAGGGGGAGAGUCGGAGAUGAACCACGUGACCUGCGGCUCACUGGUCAAACUGCUGAACACCAGACACAACGUCCGGCUGCACUCGCACGAUGUCAAGUACGGCUCAGGCAGUGGACAGCAGUCUGUAACUGGAGUGGAGAACGCAGACGAUGCCAACAGUUACUGGCAGAUACGUGGGAAGCCCAACCGUCCAUGUCAGCGUGGGACGUCCAUCAGGUGUGGGCAGGCCAUCCGCAUCAUGCACAUGAAGACCAGUCGAAACCUGCACACUCACCGCUUCAGCUCGCCCCUGUCUAAUAACCAGGAGGUCAGCGCCUUUGGAGAGAACGGCGAGGGCGAUGACCUGGACACGUGGACGGUGCAGUGCGAUGGGGACCACUGGGAGCGCGACGAGGAGGUGCGCUUCAAGCACGUGGGCACCAACGUGUUCCUGAGCGUGACCGGCGAGCAGUACGGCCACCCCAUCCGAGGCCAGCGAGAGGUGCACGGCAUGAGCUCCGCUAACCAGCACAACUGGUGGCGCUCCAUGGAGGGCGUCUUCAUCCAGCCCAGCCAGGUGCCGCUGCGCCACGACGAGCUGUGACGUGCUCGCUGGGAGACGCCGAGCAGGGGCAGCCUGUUGUUUUUUAGCUCUCUUUGACCAAAUGACGUCAUGUUUGGAUGACGGACUUCUCUCUGUACAUGUGAAACACUCAGGUGGUCUGAGGUGGGAAGGAUUUACUUAUUUUAUACAAUGGUUACAUACAAAGUUAUGUCAUGUGGUCAUUACGUUUUCUCCUUUUGAGAAUUGCAUGAGGGAGAGAAUAUUUAUUAUGAGAAAAAAAAUCUUUGCGAAUAUUACAGACCCAAAUUCCCUGUUAAUUUCAAUUUUCACCUCAAAACUAAUUCUAAAUGUCGGUCAUCAUGCAUAGUGCUGAACAUUAUCUGCUGCUUCUCUUGUAAGUCAUUGCAAUUGAAAGUUUGCACUGAGGUGUCUCAUCUUGCUGUCUUACAAUCUGGUGAUCUUCAAAUGUAUAGCUCUCACAUGGGCUGCUGAACAGGUGGAUGCAUCCGCCAAUCAAACGCGAGGACAAGAAGCGUUUAGCUGGCCGUUGAAAUGCUUUUGCCAACAUUUUGCAGGGUUUUGAAAAUAUUAUCAAUCACAUAAUGGCUGAGAACACUUGUGUGUUAUUGAGUGAUUUAAUUGAAGAAAUGUUCUGAUUGACAGGAGGUGUGAGUGUACAGGAGAAAUAAACCCACUGAGUCAUCAACUGGAAA